AAAAAAUGGCCAUCGUACAUGCUCUAACAACAAUACACAACUCACAUCUCUUUCCUCCAUAGCCAAACAAAAAUGGAAGCUCUCACACAUUCGAGCUUCAACCUUUGUUACCUUUCUCUUAAACCUCCAUUUUCGUCCUUCUCUUUUUCCAAGAAAGAUUAUUUAAAUCGAAUCUAUAUCAGUACCCCAAACGCAGCCACAAAUUCUGGUGCAUCAACUUCGUUAUCGGGCAGCAAAUGGGCUGACCGUCUUCUCUCUGACUUUCAAUUUCUGCCCACUUCAAAUUCUGAUGCUUCUACUUCUCCUUCUCCUUCUCCUUCUUCCACAUUUACUUCUAUUCCUCCUUCUCUCUCUCCUCCUGACCGUCAUAUCUCUAUUCCCCUCAAUUUCUAUCAGGUAUUAGGGGCUGAAGCCCAUUUUCUGGGAGAUGGAAUAAGGAGAGCUUAUGAAGGAAGGGUUUCAAAACCCCCACAAUAUGGGUUUACGCAAGAUGCUCUCAUUGCUCGAAGACAAAUUCUUCAAGCUGCCUUUGACACUCUUUCUGACCCCAAUUCAAGAAGGGACUACAAUUUAGGUCUCUCUGAUGCAUAUGAAGAGACUACUUUAUUUGAAGUUCCUUUUGACAAGGUUCCAGGAGCAUUGUGUGUGUUGCAAGAGGCAGGAGAGUUUGAACUGGUCCUUAGAAUUGGAGAUGCAUUGCUGAAAGAGAGACUGUCUAAACCUUUCAAACAUGAUAUUGUAUUGGCGAUGUCUCUUGCCUUUAUUGACCUAUCAAGGGAUGCUAUGUCAUUGUCUCCUCCUGAUUAUAUCUAUGGUUGUGAAGCCCUAGAACGAGCUCUAAGACUCUUGCAGGAGGAAGGUUCGAGCAGUCUUGCACCAGAUUUACAAGCAGAGGUUGAUGAGACAUUGGAGGAGAUUAAACCCCGUUAUGUUUUAGAGCUUUUGGCUUUGCCUCUCAGUGAUGAAUUUCAGAAGAAAAGAGAUGAAGGCCUUCAUGGUGUGCGCAAUAUAUUAUGGUCUGUUGGAGGAGGUGGUGCUGCAGCUAUUGCUGGAGGUUUUACCCGUGAGGAUUUCAUGAAUGAGGCCUUUCUGCAUAUGACAGCUGCUGAGCAGGUUGAUCUUUUUACUGCCACACCCAAAAAUAUUCCAGCUGAAAGCUUUGAAGCUUACGGAGUAGCUCUAGCCCUUGUAGCACAAGCUUUCAAUAGCAAGAAGCCUCAUCUCAUUCAAGAUGCUGAUGACUUAUUUCGACAACUUCAGCAGACCAAAUUGGUGCCUAUGGGAGAUUCCAUCUCUUUAUACGCUCGAGAAAACCGGGAGAAAGAUUUUGCAUUGGAGAGGGGUCUUUGUGCAUUAUUGGUUGGAGAUCUGGAUCAGUGUCGGACAUGGUUAGGUCUUGACGAUGAAAAUUCGCCCUUCCGAGAUCCAUCAAUUGUGGAAUUUGUUCUGGAGAAUUCUAUAGAUGAUGAGGAUAAUGAUAUUCUCCAAGGACUCUGUAAACUGUUGGAAACCUGGCUCAUGGAGGUAGUUUUCUCGAGAUUUAGGGAGACACAAGGUGUCCAGUUCAGACUAGGGGAUUAUUAUGAUGACCCGAUUGUUCUGAGGUAUUUAGAACGGCUGGAGGGGGGAAAUGGCUCCUCUUUGGCUGCAGCAGCAGCCAUUGUGAGAAUUGGAGCUGAAGCUACUGCAGUGAUCGAUAAUGUCAAGACUAGUGUCAUCCAGGCACUGCAGAAGGUUUUUAUUCCUAGCUCAGGAGAAGAGCGCAUAACACGGCAAGAAGAUAUUGCUGUCAAUGGCUUUGGAAAUGAGGAUAUUAUGACGAUGGUUGAUCGUGAUAGCAUGUCAAAUUAUGUUGAUUUAGCCGGUUCAAAUUAUGCGGAAGAACUUAAUGAGCAAGAAUUGAUUACUGAGAAGAUAAAAGAUGUAGGUGUGAAAGUUAUGUGUGCUGGUGUAGUGAUUGGGUUGACAACUUUGGCUGGAAUGAAACUUUUGCCCGGUAGGAGCGGAUCUUCUGUUCCACACAAGCAUGUCAGUCCAGCUUCGGCUUCUGAUGUCUCCAAUGCGGGUUUUCCUGCAAAUGAAGAUCAUGAGAAGGAAAUACCAAAAAUGGAUGCUAAACUUGCUGAAGUUAUGGUUAAAACUUGGCAGAACAUAAAAUCGCAGGCCUUGGGACCAAGUCAUAGUCUGGAGAAAUUAUCAGAGGUGUUGGACGGCAACAUGCUUAAGAUUUGGACAGAUCGUGCAAAAGAAGUUGCAGGGCGAGGUUGGUAUUGGGAAUACACCCUAAAGAAUGUGAUUAUCGAAAGUGUGACAGUAUCCCUGGACGGUAAACGUGCUACAGUCGAAGCAACUCUUACAGAAUCAGCAAACUUAACUGAUACUGUGCAACCUGAGCACAACGAUUCUUACAGCAGAACCUAUACUACGAGAUAUGAGAUGUCUUUUCUAAAGUCAGGCUGGAAAAUCACUGAAGGUGCUGUCCUCCAAUCUUAAUUACAGUUAAUCUGUAAAUAUUUCCCUUUAUAUCUAGUAUAACAUAUUAAAUGGAGUCUUUUUUGUAUGAUUAUUAGAAGUGUAUGCUAAACAAGCUUGAACCA